AUGGCGGGAGACGGGGCAAGCUGGCGGUCAUGGCGGGAGACGGGGCAAGCUGGCGGUCAUGGCGGGAGACGGGGCAAGCUGGCGGUCAUGGCGGGAGACGGGGCAAGCGGGCGGUCAUGGCGGGAGACGGGGCAAGCUGGCGGUCAUGGCGGGAGACGGGGCAAGCUGGCGGUCAUGGCGGGAGACGGGGCAAGCUGGCGGUCAUGGCGGGAGACGGGGCAAGCGGGCGGUCAUGGCGGGAGACGGGGCAAGCUGGCGGUCAUGGCGGGAGACGGGGCAAGCUGGCGGUCAUGGCGGGAGACAGGGCAAGCUGGCGGUCAUGGCGGGAGACGGGGCAAGCUGGCGGUCAUGGCGGGAGACGGGGCAAGCUGGCGGUCAUGGCGGGAGACGGGGCAAGCUGGCGGUCAUGGCGGGAGACGGGGCAAGCGGGCGGUCAUGGCGGGAGACGGGGCAAGCGGGCGGUCAUGGCGGGAGACGGGGCAAGCUGGCGGUCAUGGCGGGAGACGGGGCAAGCGGGCGGUCAUGGCGGGAGACGGGGCAAGCUGGCGGUCAUGGCGGGAGACGGGGCAAGCUGGCGGUCAUGGCGGGAGACGGGGCAAGCUGGCGGUCAUGGCGGGAGAGACAGGCAAGCGAACGGUCAUGGCGGGAGAGACGGGGUAA